CUCAGCAUCGUGGCGUUUUUAUCAUACAGCAUUGUGCAGACCGGGACUAUUUUUAAAGUUGAGGCACACACGCCUUUUCUGAAGAACUUUUUGAGGUGAACUACUUCGAAACACCAGACGCUCCAUUACUGCCUUAUCUAUCCAAGUAUAAGGUUGCAUAUAUCGGACUGGACCUACGAAACCGACAACAGUGUAUAUCAAAACGCACCUCAUGGUUGCUGUAACAAAAGCGGCGAGUGAUCCGGUAUACUUCAUCUUCUCCGUCCUCGGCUCAAAUUCGUUGGGCACCGCAGCUUUCAUCAAGGCGCACCUCUACUUAUGGUUGUUGAAACAAAAGCGGAGAGGUGUGGUAUCUGCUGGUGAUGGCCGCCUAGAAAUUUAUCAUUAUACUCUCCGACCCAGCGGCGAAGACCUAGAAAAUUGUCAGGGCUACAGUUGCCGCAUCACAUGGGCAGGAACUGAAUUCCCUUUGCCAACAAACCAGGUCCAGCAGAAGUGA